ACACUGGAAAGUGUCUGGUGAAUUUCUACUACUAUGAUCAAACCGCUCAGGGUGCACACAAGUGCUGGACCGAGGUUGCCGAAAGACCGGGGAUGGAAAAUGUACUAUAACCGCUGUUGGAAAAGUCUAUACAGGCAAAUGUCAAGGGUUGAGAGUUGAAUGCAGCUUGGUCUUUUGAUAUCAAAGAAGUAAACAACAGUCUCCCUGGUGCCUUGACUUCAACAGGAGAUUGAGCGUUCUAGUCAGGAUUGCUGUGAAUCCCUGAGUGAAGAUGGCCGUCUUUCAGAACAACUUCUGGGGGGAGAAGAAUGCCGGAUUUGACGUGCUCUACCACAACAUGAAGCAUGGCCAGCUGGCAACCAAAGAGCUAGCCGAGUUUGUCCGUGAGAGUGCUGCUAUUGAGGAGACCUACUCCAAAUCAAUGAGCAAACUGGCUAAGAUGGCCAGCAACGGAAGUCCACAGGGGACUUUUGCUCCCAUGUGGGAUGUGUUCAGAGUAUCUUCAGACAAACUGGCCCUCUGCCACCUCGAGCUGAUGAGAAAGAUGAACGAUCUCAUCCGCGAAAUAAACAAGUAUGGGGACGAGCAGGUCAAAAUUCACCGUAAGACAAAGGAGGAGAUGGUGGGGACAGUGGAGGCAGUGCAGGCACUGCAGGUUCAGAGCGGUCACCUUCAGAAGUCAAAGGAGGGUUACCACGGCAAGUGUUUGGAGCUGGACCGGCUCAGGAAGGAGGGUGCUCCGCAGAAAGAACUAGAGAAAGCGGAGCUGAAGUCUAAGAAAGCGGCUGAGUCGUUUGCCUUGUGCAUCGAGAAGUACAAUCGCGUGGGAGGAGAGUUUGAGCAGAAGAUGAGCGAGUCCUCCCAGAAGUUUCAAGAGAUCGAGGAGGCCCACCUGCGGCAGAUGAAGCAGCUGAUUAAAGGUUACUCCCACUCCAUCGAAGACACCCACGUUCAAGUGGGACAGGUUCACGAGGAAUUCAAGCAGAAUGUGGAAAACAUCGGCAUCGAUAACCUCAUCCAGAAAUUUGCAGAGCAGAAGGGAACGGGCAAAGACAGGCCAGCUCUGGUUGGUUUUGAGGAGUACAUGACAGCUUUGGUACCUGAAGGUGGGAAGAAGAGUCGGGCAAAAGCUUUCAGGAUCCCUGGUCUGGGCAAGAGAGACAAGGAGCCAGACUCUACAGACUCUGCAGUGACGGAGGCACUGAAUUCACCCCUGGAAGUAGACGAUGAGGGAUUCGUCAUCCGAGCUGACAGCACACAGAAUGGCUGCUCUGAGGAGAAGGAGAACAACUUUUACUCCAGUGACUCGGACUUUGAUGACGAGGAACCGAAGAAGUUCCACAUCCAGAUCAGACCGGUCGCCAGCAGCAAUCGCAGCAGCUCUGCUGCCACCGAGAAAGAGCUGAAGGCCACCAUAGGGGCGCUCACACUGCCGCCAAACAGGGGGGCACGGCAACAGGUGUCUAUCAAGCGUCAUCUCUCAAGACACUCGAGUACUGCUGGAGGUCGCUCAGAAGAGGGCGAGGGUGCCCCCCACAGGGAUGGAGAGCAGGAGGGCCUACGCAGGUCCACCUCCAGUCCUGAUCACAGCAGGUUGAGUUCGACGGCGUCGGGUUCAGACAGUCUGUUCGGUCCACCGUUGGAAUCGGCCUUCAAGUCCAAAAGCUUUGAUGGUCGAGAGCAGCUCAGAGAGCAGAGUGCCUUUGGUGCCUCUGAAUAUGCCGCCUUCUCGUCCGACUCCUCCUCUCCAGAGAACGUCGAAGACUCUGGCUUGGACUCGCCUUCCCAUCAGCCCCUCGGGCCGUCCCCUGAUCCGGUGGGUUGGGCAGCUUGGCCCCCUGUUUCGCAGAGUAAAGAACAGACACAAACACUUGGACGACCUGUGGACCCUUUCCUCUCUGUUUUCCGGGACCCCUCCCCUGGUCGGAGUCCUCACCCACAGGAAGACCCUGCGAGCGCCUGGUCCAUCGCGCUGUCACGUCCCUCUCGUGUCCCCCCAGAUAUCGACCCCUCAUCCAUGCGUUUCCCUGCCUUCUCUCAGUCCCUCCCUCCAAGUGAGAUGGAGUCAUCGGUGUGGAACUGCAAACACAUCCCUCCUGAGGACCCCUUCCUCGCUGCGUUUGAGAGGACUGUCACCCAGGAGACUUUAAACCUGUCUGACGCCUGGACGCGCCCACCGCCUCGCCAGAGCCAGGAGGGCAGAGGGAUAGAGGUACGAGGGGACCCAUUCACCAUGACUCUCGCCGACACCAAGACACUCCCAACAUCAUCCUCCUCCUCCUCUUCAUCCUCCUCUAAUCGUAAAGACAGAGACAGGAAACGAGACAGGAGUCUCCCACCUCCUGUAACUUCAGAUGACCCAUUUGCGAUCACAAUGAUCGGCAGCCCGACCCACCAGUCAUCGCUGGCUGCAGCAGCUGGGUUAAUCCCUCCACACGGCAGCGGCGGCAGCAGUGGCAUUGGCUCUACCAGUAGCGGUAGGCUGGGGCUUGAUGUUAACUCCGGCUCUUUGCCCUCAGCCCAGUCCAAGAAGGAGCUGCUGCACUGGAACUCUGUCCACAACCCGUUUAAUGAAAGCACCUCUGGAGCGCUGAUCAGCUCUAAAACACAGGAAGGAGGAGGAAAAGGAGAUGGAGGAGGAGGAGGAGGAGGAGGAGGAGGAGAGAGGAGGAAACACAGAUCAUCAGAGAGUGAGCCACGUAGGAACGCCCCUCCACUCACGAGGCAUUCAGGACCACAGGAGGAUCUGUGUUUUUCCACAGACAAAGAUCAGGACUGCCUGGAUCUGAACACACAGAUAUCAUGCAGUGUCAGCUCACACAAGGGGUCCAAGCACAACUUCAGACAGGACACGACUGAAGUGGUCGCAGCUGCUCCUCCGAGAGCGGCCCGAGCCAAGAGAACAUCAGGCCGACUGAGCGGCUGUGAGAGAUCUCGCUCUCUGUGCUCCUCCCCGCUGCCGGAGCCCAGCCCCUCCCUCACCUCCUCCUCCUCCUCCAGCCCCAGUGAGUGGGGGCCUCAGGCCAAGGACAGCGACUGGGGUCAGAACCGGGCACCCAGUCCUGCUCGGGCAGGACAAGCAUCACCACUGCCUUACCAGCACCAGGACCACCCACAAAGACAGUUGCACCUGUCACGAGGACCAAGUCCCAUCUCCCUCAGCACACAGGAGGCCUGGCCGGUGGCAGCAGCCAUAACAGAAUAUAUCAACGCCUACUUCAAAGGCGGACAGCACAACCGAUGUCUGGUGAAGAUCACGGGCGACCUGACGAUGUCCUUCCCUGCAGGCAUCACUCGCAUUUUCACAGCCAACCCCAACGUCCCCGUGCUCAGCUUCAGGCUGGUCAACAUCUCGAGGAUCGAUCACUUCCUGCCAAAUCAAAAGCUGCUCUACAGUGAUCCAUCUCAGAGUGACCCAGACACCAGAGACUUCUGGUUUAACAUGCAGGCUCUGCAGCUCUACCUGCAGAGAGAAGCUGAACUCAACCCUCAGGCCUCGUACUAUAACGUCGGCCUGCUCAAAUAUCAGGUGUCUUCUCAGGACCCGGGUCGGGCUCCUCUCCUGCUCUCUGCGGAGUGUCAGCGCAGCGGCACGGUGACCCGGGUGUCCCUGGAUUACCACUGUUGCCCCGCCACCGCUCCCUCCACCCAGCUCACUGCAGUGCAGGUGCUGCUGCCAUUAGACCACACUGCCACAGACCUGCAGUGCCAGCCGCCCGCCUCCUGGAACGCUGAAGAAAGACGGCUGCUGUGGAAACUCCCCAACCUCUCCCCGACCAAUCACAGCAAAGGCUCAGGGACUCUGUGUGCCAGCUGGCAGUGCCUGGAGGUUCCCCGCGGCCCUCCACCCAGCCUGGCUGUCCAGUUUGUGGGCUCCGGGGCCUCGCUGUCGGGCAUGGACGUGGAGCUGGUGGGAAGCCGCUACCGCAUGUCACUGGUCAAGAAAAGAUUUGCCACAGGGAAGUACAUGGCCGGCUGCUCCUUGUGAAUCGUGUGAAGGAUCAUUGGACUUUUUCCUGACCCGACAGCUGGACGGAGGAGGGGGAGAGAUGAUCCGUGGUAAGACAUGAAACUGAAGACGAGGCACCUUGAAGAACGAUGUGCACUUACUUCUGAAGGUGUCCUGCUCUCUUAGGACCAAGCCUUUUCUUCUUUUCCUCUAAUUUAAGUUGUGUGUUGUACACUCAGUCGUCUUGCCUUCAUCUAGAGGGAAACUUUUUCUAUUCAGUCUCCUCAUCGUGUUCUGAAGCUGCAAACUAAGCUACAUAGAAAACCUCUCCUGAAUCAGAGAAAAGAAAACAUCUGAAUGAAGUUAAACAUAUUUCUGUCUGGAAAUGAGUUGUAAUGGAAUCUAGGAUUUUUAAAUUAUGUACAUACUGUAUGGAAGAAAUCUUUAGAGAAUCUUACAGGAUUGAACGAGUCAUUUGUGAGCAAUGAUCUUCUACCAAACCUUAGAAAAAAAAAACUGUUUGUAAAUCUGCUGUUUGUUCCAAAUAGAGGUUUUGUGAUGUUGAUAUUUGAUAAAAAUAAAUGUGCUCAAACAUU